AUGGCGAGUCUGGGGCGUGCCAUGCGACGCUUCACCUCACGCUCGCGUCUCGAUAGCAUCACUGACUCAGUUUCUCUGAUUUCUGCAGAUGCGCCGCAAGUCAAUCUCCCACAUGUGGACACUCAAUUGAACAUGCAUCAAUUCAACGGCUUUUUUGAAGACGGAUCCACGGCCGCCGACGGCCUCAGAGGUCGGUCUCCUAUGUUUGUCAUUUAUUCCCGUUUACUCAUUCAGCACCGUACAGAUUCUCACGGCUCUCCCUCCCAACCCCUGAACGCACCCGCAAGUCCCGAAUCGAAUACCGAAGCUCCAACGGAAUGGUCGGCCGUCGGCCACGCGGCUGCUACUGGCAAGUCCGGGCGGGUGAUUCAUAACCUUCAAGAGGAGAUUGCGCGCCUUACCCGAGAGUGCAGCUUGUACCGCUCGCGUGCGGAGGAAACACAACGGUCCAACGAAACGCUUAAGAUCCAGGUUCAGAACAUGACCGAACGACUCCGGAAUAUGGAGCAAGUCCACGAAACCAACCUCAAUUCCAUCGCACGCAAGGAUAGGAAAGUGGAAGAGCUACGGAUCGAGCUGAAUAAUGAGCGGGCCAAGCGACAGGAUGCCGAGGCCAAUGCCAGCAAGACCAACCAGACGAUGCAAGAGGAGCGUGAGAAUAAUAACCGCGAACAAGCCAAGACGCAGGAAAUCGCCAAAUAUCACGAGGCACAGUACGAGGUAUUGGCGAGCACAACCAAGCGCGACAAAGCAGAUCUUAGCAAACGAUUCAAGGCUCUCUACACCGAGCUGCAGAUCUUGGCAGAGGCGCACAGAACUCAACAUGUGUCCCACGACCGACUGGAUGUUAUUGCCGAGCAAAAGAACCGUGAAAUCGAUAACCUGAAGGAAACGAACGAGAAACUCCUGGCUCGCCAUGCCGACUACAAGACAUAUAAGGACCAAGAGCUACGCGGUGAGAUCGAGCGCACUCACGCCAAUAAUGAUAAUAUUGAAGAUACUCUCGCUGCCAUCAAGGAGGUCCAAGCACAAAUGAGAUGGGCAAUCCAGAUCAACGAUAUGGAGAAAGCCAGAAAGGAGAAGAAGGGAAAGAAAGAAGGCAAAUAA